ACCCUUUCUUCUAUCUCUAGGAGCGAGGCCGACCGGAAAGGGAAGGCGGAAGUGACGCAGACCCCGCAAUGCUGGGUUGGGCUGUUCCGGCUUUCUGCCGCCGUUCGGCGUGCCCGGCUUGGGCUGCCGCGGGACGGAGACCUGCCAUGUCCCGGAAGGGGAAAGCACAGACCAAGGUCUUUGUAAAGCCUGCUGGUCCUCCCGUUCCUGUGACAACUGAUAAAAGUGGUUCUGUUGUUAUCUCUAUUCAUGCCAAACCAGGAUCUAAACAAAAUGCUAUAACAGAUCUGACCACCGAUGUGGUAAGUGUGGCCAUCGCAGCCCCUCCAUCUGAAGGGGAAGCCAACACAGAGCUCUGUCGAUACCUCUCUAAAGUCCUUGAAAUCAAGAAGAAUGAUGUCGUAUUGGAGAAGGGGAGUAAAUCUCGAGAAAAAGUGGUGAAAAUUUUGGCCCCACUGACUCCAGAGGACGUUUUAGAGAAGCUGAAGAAAGAGAGUUCCAGCUGAAGAGUUAAGCUGAAGUCUUAACAAGUGGUUUCUCCGGAUGCAAAGGACGUCUACCUUUAGGUAUAUGGGAGCUCACAAAUACAAGUGGUGGAGAAUCCAACAAGAAAUCUGUAGACAGCUAUAAAGCUUAAUUUAAGAUUUUUUUUAAAA